AUUUGCAGAAGCUCACAGGAAUCUCCGUUUCAGAACUGCCGUUAGUGAAGACGAAACGAAACUUCGUUGACCUUCAUACCCAACAGUAUCAUGAAAGCAGUGAAGCGAGGAAUCCCAAAUUUCGUGGUAUAUUAACGGAAGGAAACAGAUCGUGAGAAAGUAGUGAUAACGGUAAAACAGACAUUGUACUGUGAGGUGACUGUGAAAUUCAAGUGCCCCUCCCACGGGACCGUGGCGCUUCCCUACCCAAGUCUUUCUCGGCAUCCAGGGUUAUGCUAGGCGUCUCUCACAGUGGUGCCAAGGGAAAUAUUCUCAGGAAAACAUUCAGCUGGGUUGUACAGUAAUUUAAGCUACACUUCAGCUCAGCAUCGCAUUGGCGCGAAGGAAUAGGAUACUCCCCGUUUCCCAAGGACUGGAUUUGUAGAUAUAGCUAUCGAAGCGCUAGUGUUGUGACUCGUUUUCCUUCGGUAUGGACGAGAAAGUUAUACAGCCUACGUACAAUAAAAACGCAGAAGUGUGUUUUAAGCUGACCACGGUUAUUUCAAAAAUCCACUGUAAAAAAUGUCUCAAAGGUCAAAUGUGAGGAGGAAGGGCAGCGAGUCCCAGGAGAAGCCCCCUUCAGGCAGAUCCUCCAGGUCUGCCUCGAGGGGCAAAGAAAAUGACCCUCCUCGGGGUCGUGGGAAGGGUCGAUCGAGAACCUCAUCGAGGGACGUCUCGGCCGACGACGAAUGCUCCAGCAGAGGCGGCGACGACUGGUCCAACAGGAGCAUGGAUGGAGGGUCGAGUCGAGGAGACGAUUUCUCAAGUCGAGGGAACAUCUCCAGGGAAGGGGAUGCCGGGUCCCUGCCAGGAGAACCAGCAAGCGCCGAAGGGGCAGUAGCUUUGCAAGCCUCUGCCGCGGCCGCGGAGGAAGUCGAGGACAAGAAUGAGGGCUGCUUAAAUGUGUCUAAAAUCGCUGGCCAGGUGCUGGGGCGUGGUGGGGGAGGCGUCAUGCGAGUAGGCCUUUUGCCGGCCUUCACCAAGAGCAGCAAGACAGGUUCGCUGCCUCGUCACGCAUCCUCCUCCUCCUCCGCCAAGCAAUCUAGAGAACCCACUCCUCCCCCGCCCACACCACCUCCGACUCCUGCGGCAUCAGAGCGCCCGGCAGUACCAGAGUCCCCGAAACCGAAAAUCAAGGGCUUGGGUAAAAAGAGAGCCGCCUCCGCGUCUCCUUCCCGAGAUAAGCGACGAUCUUUCAGGGGUAUUUCCAGGGAUCGUUUCCCACAGCUGCCAUCUUUGCCUCACAUGCCCCAAAUGCCCCACUUCAAGAAUAUGCCUCAAAUGCCUCAGUUCAAGAACAGACCGCAAUUGCCUUCCAUGCCUCAGUUUAAGAAUAUGCCCCACUUGCCAACUCUUCCGACUCUGCCGCCAUUGCCGAAACCAAAAUCAAUGCCUAAAGUUCCCUCAAUGCCGAAGCUUCCCUCGUUUCCACGAGCUCCUUCUUUGCCCAGGGCGCCUACCUUACCCCGGGCGCCAUCGCUACCGCCACAACUGAGAAAUUUUCUGCACAGGGGAGGUGCCAGUUCCAGCGACAAAGAGGCUGAACAGCCAAAUAAACCUUCUCGACGACCAGGCCCAGUGGGUCGCACUUGGGUCAAGGUAUAUGACGAUAUCACUUUCAUGGAUUCUGAGACGGAAAAGGAUGACAUUUACCCGGUGUUAGCAUACACAGGUCGUCCUCACUCUGUGCCUGAUGCAGAGCCCCUCCCCGUGCCCCCGACCCCUCCGCCACCAAAGGCGCACAGGCAACCGUCUGUCGAGAGCGAAUAUGACAACGUCCCGUCGCGUAGCAAAGAAGGAGUCGGCGAAGGAUCGUCCCAGGAUGCCACUCCAACUCAGGGUCGAGGAAGAGGGAGGUUUAAGCAAAGGAAGCAGAAGCGCACAGGGACGCCCGUCGCCGCAGAAUUAGACGGCGUGGAUGCGGCUAUGCUUGCGGACCUGGAGGCCCAGAUUAUUCCUGCUCCUGAAGAAGAGGACGAUUACAUCAUCCCUCAGUCACUGUCUCCUCCUCGACCACCAAGAGGAUAUAAGAUUUAUGAUAAGAUCGAGCAGCCUCAGCAAGCAGCCACACAGGAGACCGAAGUGACCGAGGAAGAACCUGCUAAACCACCACGAGGGAUCAAAGUGUACGAGGACAUCAUCGUCCGUCGGCAUAUCACGAAAUUGGAAGAAGAGGACACGAUGACGCAAGAGGAAGAAAAACAAGAGCAAAAAGAAGAAAUUUCGACAGAGGUAAAAGAAGAUGAGCAGAAAGAAGUAGAAGUAGCACAGAAGGAAGAAGAAAAAAUGGAAAUAGAGGAACAGAGGGAGUCCCUUUCUGUUGAAACAAAAAUCGAAAAGGUGGAGGAGGAGGCGUCUGCAGACGUACCCCAACCUCCUCGUCCUAAACGAGGCGUCAAAUUAUAUGACACUGUCGAGUUCCAGCAAAAGAAGGAGGAAGCGGAAGCUCUUCCAUCCCAAGAAGAACAAGAGGGCCGUGCAACCGAAACUGGCGAUACUCAAGAGGGAGUAGAACUUCCUGAAAGGCCUACUCGAGGUAACAAGGUCUACGCAUCAAUCCUCAUUGAGAGAAAAAGUAUCCAAGAAAUGGAAACCUCAGAGGUCAAUGAAGGCUCGGAAGAAAUGAAGACUGAAUCCACUGAGAAAGAAACGAAGAUCGAAUCAAUGGAAACAGAAACGAAGAUCGAAACUGAACAAACAGAAAUAAAGAUCGAACCAGCUGAAAAGGAGACACAAUCAGUAACGGUAGAGGAAGAGGUAAAAAUUGAAGAGUCUGCUAAUGAAACCGAAAAUAAUAUCGAGGCAAAGGUUGUGACUAUGGGAGAGGAAUCAACCGUGAAACAAGAGGAAAAGGUGGAAAUAUCAACCUCACCUGGAGCGAAUAAUGAAACAAAGUGUGAAAUCCAGGGAACUGCACCAGUCGAGGAUGUUAAAGUUGAAAUGAAUGAAGUAAAGACGGAGACAGAUGAUUCGCAAAAGAAGCAAGAAGAGGAGCCGACAACAGGACCCUCUGAAAUAAAGGAGACCGUCCCCCCUUAUGCCCGUGUCCAUAAGGGGGCGGGGGUCAAGGAAUUAAGACCCGUUAACUUGGAUGACGAGGACGAAACGCCUCCUCCCAUACCUCCGAAAAAGAAGGGAAUCAGAACCAUUUCCCCUCAGACCCUGGAGAUGGAACCACCACGCCCUCCGCGGCACCUCAAGCCCCGAACGAGGAAGUCCCUCAUCAUGGUCAAUGGGGAACUGCCGGCUAGGCCACCGAGGGGCAACAAGAUCUAUGCAGAUGUGGAAGUCGUGACCCCUUCCCCGCCCAAACGCCAUUCCAAAGUGGUGCGCAUCGAAGAGGUGGUCACUCACAUUAAAGACGAAAUAGAGGCAUCCACUUCUCUGACAACUCUCAAGCACGGAGCACCCCCGAGGAGGAGGCGAGGCAAAGACGCCUUGGGUCAACAAGUCACGGGCAUACUUAUGGUUGACCCCACACGCCCUGCGAGGGUCAGCAUGACGACCGAGUGCGACGAGAAUUACGAAAACGUGACUUUGUCACAGGAACCUCCUAAACGUUCUCGAGGGCGACCUCUGCCCCCUCCUCCCCCACCCCCCAAGAAGGGCAGAUUACGCCAACAACAACAACAACAACACUCUGAGUCACCACGUGAAUCAGACAGACAGGUUGGCCAACCUAUAUCGACUGAUACUGGUUCCCCAACCAUCGUGACCCUGAGAGGCGGCAGCGUUGGUAAAACUGCGAGGGAGGCGGUACCCACUACCGCCUCCGAGUCUGACCGUAUCGCUAGUAUCCAUUCAACCACGGAACGAGUAACGCACGGUCGCGAGCCCAGGAGCCGACUUGAAAGUGAUAUCGAUAGUAAUCUGAAGACGAUCGAGACCUCGUUUGCAGCUCUCGACAAUGUUCUAAAAUCCCUCCAGGCGUAUUCUGGAAGUUCAGGUGAACGCUCAUCAUUAGGGGAGGAGCUACAGAAACCUUCGGACUCCUCCUCCUCCUCCUCAGCCACUACCACCACCAGUCUUGCAUCGCAAGGUGACGUAAAUAGUGUCGUUGCAGGUAAGAUCAAAGACACGGACGUUACGUCGACGUCAGCGUCGGAAACGAGUGUCACUUCCCAAAUUUUUGUGACGGAAAAAGACGUUUCUUGGACGCCCCUGAGACACGGGGCACCGAAACCCUCGGGAUCAGUGCUAAGUAGUGAACCUCCUCGGUCGCAGACAACGCAGAAAUCAGACGAAACUCAAUUCCAAAGUGCGUCAUUACAAGACGUCACCAAAGGAACAGCAUCCAAAACAGAUGAAUCUAAAGGGAAGACCGUUUAUGAAACUCUGUAUAGAGUUGAAAGUGUGAAAAAGGAAAGAAGACCAACGAGAGACCAAUCGAAUACGAGUGAAAACCAAACGAGCCAAACUGCAGAAAAAGACAAACAAGCUGAAGGAAAUAUAUCAAAAGAACAGAAGAUCAUUUUCCCAGAGUCAUCUAUUAUUAAAUCGAUCGCCGGGACAAGCGAGAGUAGGAAAGACGUUUUGAUUAAGCCUUUUAGAGUAGAAGAGGAGCUCUUGAAAGUCGAAGAGCAACUCCUGAGAGUUGAGGAGCAAUUGGGUAAGGUAGAGCAACCAGUAGUAAGAGAAAAACUUUUUGGUGAUGAUGAAAAAUCGACCACGGCAAAAGAACCGCAGGUAGCAGUUGCAAAUCAGUCGGCUAAGACUGAAGAACAGAAAAGUAAACCCGAAGAACCAGUCAGGACUGAAGAACACUCGGUAAAGACUCGAGAAAAGUCGACAGCUGAAGAACAAAUCAUUAAGACCGAAGAACUGCCAGGCAAGGCAGAAGAAAAACCUGUUAAGAAAGAAGAACAGACUGUAAAAGUUGAAAAUGCUGCUGUCAGUGAAGAAAAUACAGUAAAGACUGAAGAACAGUCUGUCAAGACAGAAGAAGAGACAGCAAAGGCCGAAGAGCAGCCAGUGAAACUUGAAGAAGAGAUCGUGAAAGUUGAAGAACAGACGGUGAACGUUGAAGAACAGCCAGCAAUAAUUGAAGAACAGACAGUGAAAGUUGAAGAACAGCCAAUAAACAUUGAAGAACAGGCAGUGAAAGUUGAAGAACAGCCAAUAAAUAUUGAAGAACAGGCAGUGAAAGUUGAAGAACAGCCAAUAAAUAUUGAAGAACAGGCAGUGAAAGUUGAAGAACAGUCAAUAAAUAUUGAAGAACAGGCAGUGAAAGUUGAAGAACAGCCAAUAAACAUUGAAGAACAGGCAGUGAAAGUUGAAGAACGGCCAACAGUAGAAGUUGAAGAAGAAGCAGUAAAAGACGACAAAAAAGCUGUCCAAAUCGACCAACAUCCAGCAAAGACUGAAGAACAAGACGCAAAAGAUGAAGAAAAAACUGUUGAAAUAGAACAGCCGUUAAAACAGAAGAGCAAACUGGCAAGGCUGAAGAACAAGAGACAGCAAAGGCUGAUGAACAAAUCGAGACAGAAGUAGCUCAGGCAGAAGAACAGGCGGCAAAAUCAGAACAGGAAUCGACGACA